AUGAGGAAGUACGAGGACACGUGGGUCGUGGACCGAACCAUGUUCGAGUACGUCAACCAGGGUGGCUGUAGCUGCUGCGGCGUGACGCACACCAUCAUGAACAUGGCGGACUUCGCCAGCAAGUGCUCGGACUGGGAGACGGAUGACGAGAAGAAGGAGCAGUUCUCUCCGUGGCCCAUGUUCAUCCACGAAGAGAUCCUGACCGAGCGCGCUCGGCUGCGGAUGGCGAUGAAGGCCGACAUGAACAAGUACAAACACUUCGUGGACGAGCACAUGAAGGGGUUCAUAGCUUGGUGGUCGCGAUUUGGAGAGAACUCGAAAGCGAGGAUCUUCCAGCUACCGGACGAAGAGGUGCUCAGCUACUUCCGCGUCCACACGAAAGUCAAGGGGUCCUACGAAAUCCUGCUCUGCGCCAUCCUGGAGCAAAUCCGCCACUUCCAGGACACCGGGUACACAGACGGUCGAGUUGCUGCUGAGCUCUUCUUCGAGAAAAACCUGCACCAACGGGAGAGCUUUGUGCUCGACUCGCAGUACAUCGCGAUGGAAGCUGGCGACAUCAACUUUUUCGAAAUGUUGAAGAUCCUCGGCGGACCGAAGCUGCUUCCUGUUCGGACAUUCCGUAACCCCAACGAGAAGAGCGAGGCUGAAGCUGAGCAAACCAAGAGCGAGAACAACGUGCAGAGCUUCCGCUCUGAUCGACGUCUUGUUCGUCUGGUGAUGUUUCGCAUUUUUGCUGACAUGGCUAUUCGGAAGUACAUGCGCGAAGUGGUGAACGUCGACUAA